AUGGCUGGCAUUUUGAUCAGCGCCCUGGCGCUUGCUCCCCUCUCUCAAGCUAUUUCGAUUCCUUCUCUCCCUCCCAAGAUCCAGGGUGUGACGACUCCUCUGAUCCAACCUCUUUACGAUCUUCUUCCGGCAUUGCCAAUCUUACAGGCGCCUUUGCCACCUCUUGACAGCCCUGCUUUCACCCCCAGUAACAUUAAGCCUAAGAAGGUUGGUUACUACUGGGUUGGAGCUGGAGACAAGGAGCAUGCCGAUUUUCUGGCAACUUACAGUCUGGAUGAUGACACCUUUGGUACACUCAUCUAUGUGACCGACGUCCCCACCAGUGGUAACGAUCCUCACCAUAUUGGUGUCUCUAGCGAUGGACAGACCAUUGUCGGCGGUGGUCUUCUCUCGCUGUUGAAGCUUCAAGACACAGCCUACUAUUUUGAUGUCUCCAACCCUUACCGCCCGGCGUUCAAGAAGAGCAACAGUGCUCUUCUUUCGUCCAUUGCUGAUGAAAUCCGUCCCAAGCCUGACGGCGGGUUCUUUAUCACCUACAUGGGAUCUGCUCUCGGUACCUCCCCUGGCAGACUCGUUGAAACAGAUGCCGACUUCAACAUCAUUCACGAAUGGCCAGAAGAUGUGGAAGGAACUCUUGGUAUCUUGGCCGAGCAGUUCUCUCCGCACGGUAUCAGUAUCGACUGGGACCGCAACUACAUCCUGACUUCUGACUUCGUUGUUCCUUUGUCAAUCUUGAAACCUAGCACUGGUGUUAUUCGCGCCCAGACCCUUCGCCUCUGGAAUCUGGAGUCUCGCACUAUCAUCAGUACUAUUACCAUCCCUGGUGGUUCCGGUAUCCAAGAUGUGAAGUUCAUCCCUGGAAACCCUGAAGGUGCUGCUAUCGCCGCUACCGUGGGUAGUGCACAACUCUGGGUCAUCUAUCCUGGCCGCAAGGAUUCCAACGGCAACCAGGGUGUCGCCGAGCUCAUCUACGAUUUCGGCGACACGAUCCGCGCGACUAACCCUAUUGCUAGCUACUCUGAUAUUACUCAGGAUGGCAAGUACAUCUACGUUACCCUUACGUCGGCCAACCACGUUGCCGCUCUGGACAUUAGUGAUCUCACCAACCCCAAGCGUCUCGAUGACCCUGAUGAGGUUCACCCUAUCGUUGGUCCUCACUACAUCAAGGUCACCCCUGACCAGAAGCACAUUGUCGUCACCGACUACUUCGUGCAGACCGGCGAGAUCGGUAUUGUCAACGUUCCCGCCGAUUUCAAGGCGCAAUACAUCGACAUCAACGACGACGGCAGCAUCUCCUUCAACCGUUCCAUCAACUUCAGCCAGGAAUUCGAGAACCGUGGCGGUGGCAAGCCUCACUCUGCCCUUGUUUUCGAUUUCACUGACCCAGAGCACCCUCUGUACUAUUAA